AUGACAUUGCCUCCGCGGGUCACUCUGCUGAAUGAAAGGCCACUCGAGUGCCCGGGCGGGGCCCCCGUCUAUAAGAGCGGCGGGCGGCCGGGCCCCAGCCACCACCAAGUUCCACCUGCUCACAGGCCGGCCGACUCCCCGGACCCCUGCCAGCGGCUCCCAGCAUGGCCAGGUACCGCUGCUGUCGCAGCCAGAGCCGCAGCCGCUGCUCCCGGCGCCGCUACCGCCGCCGGCGCUGCCGCAGGAGGAGGAGGAGGAGCUGCAGGAGGCGCAGGAGGAGAGCGUGCUGCCGCUACAGGUACCGCCGGUACUGACCGGAUGCUGCCCACCGGCCGCCUCCCCGAAGACCCUCAGUCAGCAUGAGCAUGCCACCACCCCGCCCCCCACCGUGCAGCCAACAGGAGCCUGCUAGCCAACAAUGCCGCCUGUCACAAUAAAUGUUGAAAAAACA